AUGGUUCUCCUCAGUCAAUCUCUCCUGGCAUCCCUAGCCACCACGGCAUCUCUGCCCUUCUCCGCGGCCGAUGCUCAGUUCCAAUCUCGCCCUGACCUGGCUCCCCCAAAGCUGAAUAUCACCGUUCAGGCUCCAGAUGCAAAUGGUACAGAAUACGUGUUUAUUUCGCCAUACCAAGGCUCCCUCGAGAGGCCGGGUGCGUAUAUUUAUCGCAAAAACGGUGACCUGGUGUGGGCUGGCACCGGGUACUACACCGGGUUUGUAGGGAACUUUCACCCUACUGAGUACCAUGGGGAGCCAGUUUUGCAGGCCUUCCAGGGUGCAAUGAACACAGUGCCUGGCACCGGGUAUGGGCAGCAUGUGCUCUUAGACCAGAACUAUGAGCACGUCGUAACCGCUACGCCGGGAAAUCAUCGCAUUGCAUCGCUACAUGAGUUUAAUGUGAUUGAUGGACAGACUGCGCUGGUGGAGAUUUACCAGACGACUCCCGCGGAUCUGACGCCGUAUGGGGGUAAUUCUUCGCAGCGAUGGAUCGGAGAUGGAAUUUUCCAGGAAUUUGACAUCGCGACUGGUGAUCUGGUCUUCGAAUGGAGCGCUCUUGAUCACAUCGAUCCAGCUGACAGCCUAGUGACCCUUGGAUCUUCUGAAUCCAAUAGCGGCCUAACGUCUGCCACUUCGUGGGACUACGCCCACCUCAACAGUGUGGAUAAAGACGCAGACGGAAACUAUCUUCUUUCAGCUCGUCAUACUAGUACGAUCUACAAGGUAAACGGAACAGAUGGCUCCAUCAUUUGGAAGCUGGGCGGCAAUAGCUCCACAUUCAAACAGGUCGGCAACUGGAAAUUCGGCUAUCAGCAUCAUGCUCGCUGGUUGUCGCACAAACAGGGCAGUGCGAUCGAGCGAUUCUCGCUCUUUGACAACUCGGCCGGCGGAGUAGUCCAUUACAACAAUGUUUCUAGUGCUGUGAUCAUCCAGCUCAAUCACACGGACAAUACCGCGACCAUUGAACGCAAGGCCAGUGCGCCCUACGGCCUAUCUGCUCGCUCGCAAGGCAACGCGCAGUUGUUGCCAAACGACCAUUUCUUUGUCGGAUGGGGCUCUGCAGGUGCAUUCACCGAAUUUGGUCCCUCUGACGAAGUUUUAUAUCACGCUUUCAUCGAGGAUGGUGUGAGCUACCGUGCCUUUGCGAGGAACUGGACAGGCACCCCAAGGGAGGAUCCGGCUAUUGUCGCCUUCAAAACCUCGAGUUCGGUCAGACUAUAUGUUUCGUGGAAUGGAGACACGGAGACUAGCCUUUGGAAAUUCUACCGUGUCGGUGGUGGGGACAAAAUUGAGAUAGGGGAGGUGGAUAGAGAGUCCUUUGAGAGCUCUUUUGUCUGGAAGACAUCAUCUAACUCAACCGCGUCAUCCACCACGUUCUUUGCAGAGGCGUUUGACAAGAACGGCGAGCCCCUUGCGCGGACGACUGAGGUGAAAGCAGCGCCUUCUCUCUGA